AUGGAUUAUGCCUUCCAGUUCAUCAUCCGCAACAAAGGCUUGGCAGCUGAAGCAGACUAUCCUUAUGAGGGAGUUGAUGGGAGUUGCGUGAGGAACAAGGAGGAACCUCCUGCAGCCAAGAUCACCGGCUAUGAGGUUGUGCCAGAGAAUGAGGAGGCUUUGUUGAAGGCCGUCGCGAACCAACCAGUCUCCGUUGCAAUUGAUUCCAGUGGAGUUGCCAUGCAAUUUUACUCUAGUGGGGUGUUCACAGGACAAUGUGGAAGUCAAUUGGACCAUGGAGUAACUGCAGUUGGGUAUGGGACAAGCGAUGAUGGUACAAAGUUUUGGCUGGUGAAAAAUUCAUGGGGUAGAAGCUGGGGUGAAGAUGAGUACAUAAGAAUCCAAAGAGAUGUCAAUGUUAAGGGAGGUCUUUGUGGUAUUACUGAGCAAGCUUCCUAUCCUACUGUUGACUUGUAA